AAAUACAGAGAAAUAGAUCAAUGAAUGUACCCAUAGUCAACAAGGAAUUGAUUACUCUACCUUAUUGGGAAAAAAUCAUUGGAAAUUGGCACACGGCCAUUACACUCAGGAAACAUGUGGCAGUUAAAGUGACAUAACCUUACAUGACUUCUAUAAAAUAACAAUUGCUUGUUCCUUAAAGCAAAAACAGGAUACUGCAGCAUAUUGUGGAUUUCAUAAUUUCUUUUGUGAAUUUGGACGGUGACAUUCUAUUUUGAAUCAGCUGGAAAAAUCGGAAUACACCUGGAAAUUUCUAAGGCUAAAUAUGGAUGACAGAGAGACUCAAGAGGCUGGUCAAGAGGAUAUGAAUGGCAGUGAGGCCUCAAGCAGGGAGUCUGAAGAAAUUCCUGAAAAAAUAAUCAUUGGAAGCGGGGGCACCAGUGGGAGAAGCUCUGCAGCCAUAGAAAUUGAUGACAUAGAAAAUGGUAAUGAACUGGAAAAUGAAAAGGAAGACGAUAUCUUUGAUGACAAGGGUCAGAAUGAAAGUGCAUAUAGGUCACCAAUAACCAGUCUUCAAACUGGAGAGCAAAACGAUUAUGAAGAUGAUUUUGAAAAUGAAUCAGAUGAUGAGGAAAAAGAUGAUGUUAACAGAAGGCAAAUAGAUGAAAGUAAUGAUGAUGAUGACAAUAUUGGAAGUGUAAGUGAUGGAGAGGUUGAUAUUUCAUCUGAAAAUCUCCAAAAUGGGUAUUUAGGAUUGCAAGACAAGGAGAGAGCACCCAGCUCUAGCACUGAUGAUCUGAUGGUAGGUUACAAAGACAGGGGGUCGGUAGUCAGUGACAUGUUCUCAGACUUCAGCGAACAAUUUCUCCACCACCCUGACGCCUCCAAUUCUGAACCCAACUCCAUGCCCCUCGGAUCCAAAUUUGACCGCCUAAGGUCUGCCUAUACUCGCCCAACAAAGUCAAGACAACUAGCCCAGUCAGCUAUACUGUCACAGUCGCGAAGGUCAAGGCCAUCUCAUGGUUAUUACCUGGACCCUGAUGAACUGAAGAGAUUAGAGGACUCCCUGCUAGGAGACCGUGAGGAUUUGACAGUCCUUGGUGAGGACAACAAACCAGCCAAGCUCCCUGCUCGUGUUAGGGAGAUCAUCACCAAGCACCUGCCUGCUGAGGACUCAGUUUACACCCCACCCAGGAUGUCGACCACACCCACUGUCUCACAGCUAGAGGAGGAGAAUAGGCUCCUGGCUGCAGAACUCAACCGAGUUGAAGACCUGUUAGCAGCAAGUAGAGCAGAGAGAGAUGAACUGGGGAUCAAGUACAAUGCCAUUAGUGAUAAGUUGGAACAGUCUUUACGAGGACAGGGUGGUGAAUCUUUAGAGGCACCCUCCAAGAAUCUUGUGCAGCAGAACAUCGAGCUUCGUCGUAAACUUGAAGAGGAGCACGCAAGCUACAAAAGGAAACUACAAGCUUUUCAAAACGGACAAGACCAACAAGCUGAUUUUGUUAAAAAGCUACAGGCUAAGCUUUUACAAUACAAGAAAAAAUGUACAGACUUGGAAGAUGUUAUGCGCAGCAGAGAUAUUCAUUACCAAGUCGCCAACCAGAAGCUCCAAUCUACAGAAGAAUCCUACAGGAAAAGUCUGGAAGCUUCAGAGAGCCGCAACAUGGACUUAGAGUCCACACUUAUAAAGCUCGAGGAGGAGCAGCAACGGAGUGCCAGUCUGGCCCAUGUCAAUGCCAUGCUAAGGGAACAGCUGGACCAGGCUACUGCUGCUAAUCAAUCCUUGACCUCUGACAUCCACAAGUUGACCCAGGAUUGGCAGGCUGCCAGGGAGGAGCUGGACAUUAGGGAGAGGGAAUGGCGUGAUGAGGAGCAGUCCUUCAAUGAAUACUUCAGCGCUGAGCACGGUAGACUUCUGGCUCUGUGGAGACAGGUUGUGGCCUUCCGUCGAUCUUUCGGAGAUCUCAAGACGGCAACGGAGCGCGACUUGUCCCACGUGAGGAACGAUGUGACUCGUGCUUCCAGGAGUAUGCACUCAGCAUGUCUGAAUCUGGCCGCCAACCAGCGUAACCAGGACACCCAGUCCCAGGUUUUGUUGGACCGUGAGCGUUCAGACAGGACAGCCACCGACAACCAGCUCCGAGAGAAGAAUCGUGAAAUUGCUGAACUCCAGUCCCGUUACGAUGCUCACAGCUAUGAACUGAACGCCAAGGUGAACGAACUGACAAUGAUGAAUGAGAAACUGAAGAUCCAGCUUGAGGAAAGAGAGAAGUCUGUCCAGUCUCUGCAACGCCAGAUUAACAACCUGGAGACCAGACUGGGAGAGAGAACCAGUUAUGACCUGCCAGAAACAGACACAGCCAGACAGAUGCGAGGCGAGACAGAUGCUCUUCAUGAGGCCCUCCGUAACAUUGCUGAGGCAGUCAUCAAUGAUGCUGAUGAUUAUGAAGAUGAGGAAGGUCGUAGGUCAAUCUCCCCAACCAGGGCCAGGUCUGUUUCUCCCUCUGCCCGUGCACGAUCUCCACUGCUCAGGGACCGCUCCAAGUCACCAAUGGCAAGGUCGAGGUCACCUGCUUUGGCUGAUGCGACAUUCUCUGCUGUCCAGGCAGCUCUGAACAAGCGCCAGUUGCAGUUGUCGGAGGCUCGUGCCAAACUGAGGGCCAGCCAGGACCACAAUGGUUCCAUCAGAAAACAGAUGGAUGACCUUGACAAUGAGCGGCGGCGUCUUGAGUUGCAGGUCUUGCAGCUGAAGGAGGAUGUUGAUAUCCUGAGACGUGAGAGAGAGGACACAUCUCGUGAUCGUGACAGAGUUAAGAAUGCUCUGAGUUUGACAGGCAGCGAAAAAUCUCAGCUGGAGAAGAUCAGGGGUGAGCUGAAUGAGCAGAUCGAGAUCAUGCAGCAUGAGAACGAGAAACUCCAGGCUGCUAACACAGACCUCCAGAGACAGAGAGACCAACUCGAAGACGAGAAAGAGGAUGUCACUAAGGACAAGGAGAGACAGAUCAAAGAGAAUGACAGAUGUCACAGAGUGAUUGACCAGCUUGAACACAAGAACAGCACUAUCAAGGAGGAGCUGGUAUCCACUAAGGAGGCUCUCAACAGAGCUCUCCUGGAUAAGGAGGUGAUGGAACAACAGAAGGCAGAAGUCAGUGAUGCCCUUUCGAAGGCUGAGCUACAGAAGGCCGAGCUAGAGCUGGAAAUCAACAAAGCAAAGACGGAGGAGGCCACUCUUAAGGACGCCCUGCUGAAGAUGCAGGCUCUGAAUGAAGGCCUGGGCCAGGACAAGGUCGAACUCAACAAGAUCAUCAUGCAGAUGGAGGCUGAGAAGGCCAAUCUAACUGGAGAAAAACAAGCCCUGGAGAUGGAGAAGACUGGCAUUAAGGAGGAACUGGUUCGUGUCGAGCAGGAGAAGAUGGACUUGGACACAGAGAAGAUGGGUCUGAACCAGACUCUGGAGCUGAGUGAGAUGACUCGUCAACAGCUGGAGGAUGAGAUCCAGGCCCUCAACAGAGAGAAAGGAGACAUUCAAGAACAACUCUCCUCCGUGUCGCGCCAGAAGCAGGCUCUGGCGGAGGAGUUGUUGCAGGCCCGGCGUGAAGUAGAGAGACAGAAUCAAAACUAUGUCAAAGUGGCCAAGGAAAAGGAGAUCCUGACCCAGGACAAGGGAGAACUCAUUGUACAGGUCACAGCUACAGAGCGUGAGAAUCGCCAGCAGAGUGAAGUUAUUUCGUCCCUCCGCAGUGAAAAGGACAGUUUGGAGAGCGCCCUCUAUGAAUCUCAGCAGUCUGAGCAACAGCUCACUGUAAGGAAGGAACAGCUUGAGGGCGAGAACCAGGAACUGAUCCUGAGGAAAGAAAAUCUGCAGAGUGAAAUCAACCGUCUGAUCAAGGAGAAGGAAGCAGACUUGGAGAAGUUUGAGCACAUCAAGGAGGAUCUACAGAGACGUCUGGCUCAACUCGAGCGUGACAUGCAGCUGGCACUCACACAGGAGAAACAGAGCCACGAGGACGAUGUGGAGAGACUGGUCAAAGAGAGGGAGCAGCAGCGCCACGAGUUUGAGACGGAGAGGGAUGAAAUGGUCCACCAUAACGCCAUGGAGAAGGAAGAGAUGCUGAACCGAUUCGAUCGCGAGAGGGAAGACCUCCAGACUGAACUUGCCAAUCUCCAGAGAGAGAGAGACAACCAGCUGUUGAUGGCUGAAAAUGACAAACAGCAGACCAUGUCUCUCCUGGAACAAGAGAAGAGCACUCUGGCUGAAAAGAACAACAAUCUGACCAUGGAACUGGCUAAUUUGAAUGUUGAGUAUGAGCGUCUGAGACGCGAGUACCAAGCUCGACAGGAACAGGACAAGAACAACAUGAAUGGACUCAAUCAGGAACUCAGAAAUUUGAGAGGACAGUUUGAGGACACAUGUAUGAACCAUGAGAAGGAGAUGAAGGAUCUGACCAAUCAGAUUAGAGAGCUAGAAAGACAGAGAGAGUCCGCUCUGAGAGAGGUUGCUGAUCUCAAGACUCAGCUGAAACUUGUGGAGGAGGCUCGAGAUAAUGUCCGCCGAGAUCUGAUUGACUCCAACAGGAAAGUCAGGGAAGGUGAGGAGGUGAUGGAGCUGAUGAGGAAGGACAUGAUUGAACUGAAGAGAAACCUAAAUGAUGAAGUCAGAGAAAAGGAACUGUUCUCCAAGACAAAUGAGGACCUGAGGGGUACCGUAAAAAAGAAUGAAGUGGAAAAGACAGAGCUAAGCAGGGACCUGUGUGACCACAGACAGAAAUGUAGCAUCUUGGAGGAGCAGAAGGCAAAUGUUCAGAAGGAGGCUGCUGACUUGAGAGCUAGUCUACGUGAGGUGGAGAAAGCUCGUCUGGAAGCCAGACGUGAACUGCAGGAUCUCAGACGCCAGGUCAAGAUGCUGGACAGUGAAAGAUCCAAGCUUGGUAAAGAGGUGGUGGAUCUACAGGCACGAGUUAGUCGGGAUGAAGAGAAGGAGGAGGAAGGCAGAAGACAUGCUUUUGAUCUGAAACAGAAGGUUGUAGAGACUGAAGCUAGUCGUGAAGCUGUACGAAAGGAACUUGCCAACCUUCAGCGUAAGAUGGGUGAGCUGAUCGAUGAAUCCAGAUUGAAGGAGAAGGACUACCAAAUGGCACUGGAGGACAGCCGCCGUUGUGAGAGAAAAUUAGAAGAUCAGCGUCGUAACUUGGAAAUCAAUCUUGAGAACACCAAUGCUGAGGCUGCUGAACUUAAACUUAGGCUCAGUGGGUCAGAGGGAAGAGUUAAUGCCCUUGAGGCUCAGUUGGCUAGAAUAGAGGGUGCUAAACAGGAUGUUGAGUUUAAACUUAGCAGCAUUGUAUCCAGUCUAAAGAGAACCAUUGGAUUCAGACAAGAAAUGCCCAGGGCCAGAAGUCCAGUCAGGUCCCGCAGUCAUAGCCCAAGAAGAUCCAGACCCAACUCCCCAUCUAAAGGAUUUGAAAACACCUAUGCCACCACUACUGAGGGCCGCGGUAGCCCCAUCCCCAGGACUGGUUCUCCUGAAAGAUCUGGCAGCCCCGUGCGUACUUCUUCUCGUGGUGUGUCCCCAGUCAGGUUUGAGAGGGUCGGAGAAGUUAAUGCCCUGGAUGUAGACCCUGAGGCAGUCAGAAUGGCUCUCAGAGAUUUCGUACAACAGCUUGCCGGAGCAGAGAGAGAGAGGGAUGAUGCCCUUGCCAAUGUCCGCAGUAUGGCCAUCCAACUGAAAGAAUUAGAAGAGGAGAAGGACAGGACUGAGAGGAGACAUCAGAUUCUGCAAAAAUCCCUGGGAGACGUGGAGGAAGACAAGAGAGGAAUUGACAGUCGCUUGGCCAGCGCUCAGACUGCACUCAUGCUGCAGGAGGAAACAAUCCGCAGAAAUGAACGAGAGCGUAAAGUCAUGGCUGACAAGAUCAACAGUUUGGAGAGGAGUCUGGCUGCUGCUGACACCGAAAAGAGGCAGCAGGAGGAGAAGAUUGCCAAGUUGAGGGCUAAUGAGGCUCGCUUGGAGGAGGACAAAAAGGCUCUUAGACUGACCCUAGAUGAUGCUGAAAACCGCUGUACCAAGUUAGAGCUUGGGAGACGAUCCCUGGAGGGUGACCUUCAGAGGUUCAAACUGGUGAUGAAUGACAAGGAAACUGAAAACCAGGUGCUGCAGGAUCGCAUCGAGAGUCUGAACAAACAAGUCCAGAACCUCGAGUCUAAGUCCCAGUCCUUAGAACUGACCAUUGACCGACUGACCUCCAGUCUCCAUAAGACAGAGGAGGAGGAAUCCAACCAGAAAGAUCGUGUCCAGUCUCUGAACUUGACCCUGUCUGACAACCAGGCUGUCAUCAACGAGCUCCAGGAGCGAAUCAGUCAGCUCCAGAAGGGGCUCUCCAGCAGCGAGCAUGACCGACGAGUCCUGCAGGAGAGGCUUGAUUCCACCAGACAAGCUUUGAAUGAAGCUAAGAAACAGAACCAUGGUUUACUGGAGCGUGUCCAGGGACUACAGAAUGAGGUGGCAGACAGUGAUGUUCGCCGAGCGGAACUGGAGGGACAACUCCGCCAGUCACACACAUUGUUGGUACAGAGACAAGAAAGGGAACAAGACUUAAACCAGAACAUUCAGAAAAUCAGCAACGAGAAACAGCUUCUGCAUGAACGAGUCCAGGAACUCUCCAGACUGAUGUCCAAUCUCGAGACUGAGAAAUCCGAGAUGGAGCGUUCAUCAGCAAGACUUGAGAAAGACAAAUCUGCACUGAAAAAGACAUUGGAUAAGGUUGAGAGAGAAAAACUGCGAACUGAGGAGAUGGCCAGCAAGUCCGUUGUGGAGAAAGGAAACCUGGACCGCACGCUGAACCGUCUGGAGGACGACAACACUGACCUUCAGAAACAGGUCCAACAACUGCAAGCUCAGCUGGCUGAAGCAGAGCAGCAACACGCCCAGAGGUUGAUUGAUCUGACCACCAGACAUAGAGCAGAGACCGAGAUGGAGACGGAGAGACUGAGAUCAGCUCAGAUUCAGGCUGAGAGAAUGCUCGAGACUCGUGAGCGUGCUCACCGAGCCAAGGUCAAGGGACUGGAAGAAACGGUUGCCACAUUGAAGGAUCAGCUUGCCACUGAGAUGAGAAAACGGCAGCAGUACAUCUCCAGAAGCGCCCGCACUGGGGAUGAAAUUCGGGACAUUCGUGGAGUCCUAGACAAUUCACUGGGCAACAUCACUCGCGACCAGUCCUUGGACCCGCUGCUGCUGGAAACCGAAACCAGGAAACUAGACGAUUCCAUGAACUUCGAACGCAGUUAUCCGACACCGACCGCAUCCCGCAGAAGAUUGAGUCCUGGACGGGAUUACAGAAGAUACGGUGGGCUGACGUCCACUCCUAACGUCCGUCGUAGUAUGAGUCCGCUAUCACUCCGAAAGAAACUUCAGAAAUAACUGCCUUUUUAUCAGUUAUCAUUUAUAUAAAUGAAAAAUAGAUAUUUAUUUUUGCUACGUCUUGCUUAAUAUCUAUGCAAGAAUGGAUUUUACAUGUGGGAAAGAAAGGAAUUUGAUGACUAGAAGUUUGUGUGAAUCUUUCAUUCCAUUUGAAGAAAAAAAGACACAUUCCAGCAUUAACAGCAUGUUGUUGAAAGAUAUGGCAGCGGUCAUGUGCCUGACAUAAAAUCAAAUCAAUAGAUAGAUUUAUAUUUAGGUUUUAUAUUAAUUUUGUGUCACGUUUAACCAAUAGUAAUGAUGAUUCACGUUAAUAAUCAUAGCAUCUGGGUGUUAUUGUGAAAAUUGGAAUGGGAAAAGGUUUUUAACAUAAAGAAAUUUUGUUGUUAAGGAGUUUAAUUUUUAUGUUGUGUGUCUUUAGGAAUAUAUAUAUUUAUCAGUAUUAUGUUAUAUUUGUAGGCUCUCGUCAUUGUUAAUUGAUAAUUAAUACAAUACUGUGAUAUAAUGACCAAUUUUUGUUUUUGGAUUGGCAGUUUUUAUUAUUGAUUCCGUCCAUUUAGCACAGACGGCUGAGAAAGCAUGGAUCUGUUUCGAGGAGGCGCUGGCCCGAGAUUUUUUUGGUGGAUUAAUCAGGUCUGAAAAUUUGUUAAAUUGAUAGAAAACUUUCGCAAAUCAGUGAUGUACAAGUGAUUUGGUUUGAGACAUUUCAAAGAACGUGAUCCCUGCUUUUAGUAUCAGCUAGGAACAGAAACCCCAAGGAGUGUAUUAGAAUUCAUUGUUCAAAGUGCAAAGAGCUAAUGUACUAUCUAGUUGUACUUAUCUAUUUGAUGUUACAUGUAGAUGUCUAGUUAAUGAGAUAUAUUACAUUAGAUGUUUUGGAUUGUUCCCAGCACGGCAAGUUACUGUGGCAACCGUAGGAAAAAAAUCUCUAGUAAUUCUAUUUUACCAAAUAUUGAGCUGUUUUGUAUUUGUUGUGAUUUUUUUAAAUUAAGAUAUGAUUUUGAUCUUGAUUUGAGAGUUGAAAUCUAUUACACUAUUUCAGAUUAUUUGUUUCUGUGAUAAUAGAAUGAAGUCCCUUAAUUCCUAUUUUUAUGUUUACACAAAAAGGCAAUGAGCAGAUUGUGAUGGACUCGAAACAAGAGUCAGAGUUAUACUUAGUCACUUCAUUUCGUCCAAUAGUUUUUUUUUAUUUUCUUCGUUUUUAGAAUCCUUUUUUAAAAAUCUCUUUGCAGCAAGUUUGUUUUUGUUUUGAUGUUGAUUUUUGCUAUCUCUUAUCAUUGUGUUUUGUACAGCUAUUAUCUUCACCUUUUUAUAUCUUUAUUUCUUCACAGCAAAGAGCAAUGAAUAAAGUGUGCAUACUAUU